CUGCAUUAGAAGGAUCCAUCCAUAUAUUCUCAUCUUUAUCUUCUUCCCCCAAAAGCCGUAGUAGUUAAAGCAUAAAGCUUCUUUUGGUGAUCAUAUACAAAAUUUCAGUCUACAUUAACUAGGGAUCGUGAGAAAGAGAGAGAGAGAUGGAGUGGCGGCUGUGGCGGCAGUCAUGGAGGCUGUGGCUACGUUUAUUUGUUAUGGCGGCGGCGGCGGUAGUUAUAACACAAGAAGGUUGUGCUUGUGGAGGAGAUGUCACGUACGAUGGAAGAUCUCUCAUCAUUAAUGGGGAAAGAAGAAUUCUAUUUUCAGGUUCUAUUCACUAUCCUCGGAGUACACCCGAGAUGUGGGGAUCUUUGAUUGGGAAAGCCAAGGAAGGAGGAGUUGAUGUGAUUCAAACCUAUGUAUUUUGGAAUCUUCAUGAGCCCCAACCGGGUCAGUACAAUUUCAGUGGAAGAUAUGAUUUAGUAAAAUUCAUAAAGGAAAUCCAGGCACAAGGACUUUACGCUUGCCUUAGGAUCGGACCAUUCAUUGAGAGUGAAUGGACAUAUGGGGGAUUUCCAUUUUGGCUGCAUGAUGUCCCUGACAUAGUUUAUCGCUCAGAUAAUGAACCAUUCAAGUUUUAUAUGCAAAAUUUUACUACAAAAGUAGUGAACAUGAUGAAGUCAGAGGGUUUAUAUGCAUCACAAGGAGGCCCAAUCAUAUUAUCGCAGAUUGAGAACGAAUAUCAAAACAUAGAAGCAGCAUUCCAUGAAAAAGGACCCUCCUACGUUCGUUGGGCAGCAAAAAUGGCCGUUGAGCUCCAAACUGGCGUACCAUGGGUCAUGUGCAAGCAAACCGAUGCUCCUGAUCCAGUGAUCAAUACAUGCAACGGUAUGCGGUGUGGGCAAACUUUUGGAGGACCAAACUCACCCAAUAAGCCCUCUCUUUGGACAGAGAAUUGGACCUCAUUCUAUCAAGUGUACGGUGGAGAACCAUAUAUAAGAUCUGCCGAAGACAUUGCAUUUCAUGUUGCACUUUUUAUAGCUAGAAAUGGAAGCUACGUAAACUAUUACAUGUACCACGGUGGAACUAAUUUUGGAAGAACAAGCUCUGCAUAUGUCAUAACAAGUUAUUAUGAUCAAGCUCCUCUCGACGAAUACGGUUUGCUACGGCAACCCAAGUGGGGUCAUCUUAAGGCAUUGCAUGCUGCUAUCAAAAGUUGCUCUACAACUUUACUACAGGGAUUGCCAACAAAUUUUUCACUAGGUCAACUUCAAGAGGCCUAUGUCUUUCGCGAAGAAACUGAAGGAAGAUGUGUUGCAUUUCUUAUAAAUAAUGAUGAAAGAAAUAAUGCUUCUGUUCAGUUCCAAAAUGCAUCACAUGAGCUGAUGCCAAAGUCAAUUAGCAUUCUACCAGACUGUGAAAAAGUAAUUUUCAACACGGCAACGGUAAAUACAAAUAACACGAAAAGAAUCAUACGAACAACCGAAAUCUUUGAUUCAAUGGAUAGAUGGCAAGCAUACGAGAAUUUCUAUUUGUGUAAUGUAAAAUUGAGUUUUUUAAUUACAUCAGGAAAUGCCCAUGGUAAUCACGAUACCAAGCAGUUCAUCAUGCAGAGUCCAGUUGUGUUGAGCAAUGAAAUUAACAAUAUUUCUUUGCUAGGCGUUAUGGUUGGACUACCGGAUUCAGGAGCUUUUCUUGAAAGAAGAUUUAGUGGCUUAACCAGAGUUGAAAUUCAAUGUAGCAAGAAUGAGUUUUACAACUUUACUAAUUAUGCUUGGGGAUUUCAGGUUGGACUAUUUGGAGAAAAAUUGCAAAUAUAUAGAGAAGAAAAUAUACACACGGUUGAAUGGAGAAAAGCUAACACCUCUCUUAAUCAACCACUUACUUGGUACAAGACUUUUUUCGACGCACCUAUUGGGAAUGAUCCUGUCGCCUUAAACCUUAGCUCGAUGGGUAAGGGCGAAGCUUGGAUUAAUGGGCAAAGUAUUGGUCGUUACUGGGUUUCAUUUCUUACUUCAAAGAGAAAGCCUUCACAAAUAAUGUACCACGUUCCUCGAUCCUUCUUUAAAACCUCGGAAAAUCUUUUAGUCUUGCUUGAAGAAGCUGGUGGAAACCCUCUUCACAUUUCCUUGAAUACUAUUUCACUUUCCACUUUGCCUAAACAUAUUCAAUACUAUCACCUUCUUCAAUAGUAAUUACACAGUGAAUCACUCACUUAUUCUAUGAACACAUAUGCAUUGUAUUGUAUAACCAUUCAAUUUAUACAUUAUCAUCAUUUUUUUU